GAAGUGGCGGCGGCGGCGACCGGGGGCGGCGAGCGCUUGGUCCGCGCGGGCGGCAGGCAACGGCUGAGGUUGGGACGGCUGCAGCGGCGUGGGCUGGGCUCGAGCGAGCGGCGGCGCCUUAGGCUCCCAAGAGUGGAAGCCCACGCGGGCGGGCGGGCGCCUGAAACAAAGGGAAGCGGGAGUCAGGGCGCCGCGGGUAGGCGGUCAGUCGGUCAGCGCGGAGCCGGCCAGCGGGUGCCCGUUCAAGCCCCGAGCCCCGGCCAGCUGACGCGGCCUCAGGGUGGGAAGAUGCCGCGCGUCGUGCCCGACCAGAGAAGCAAGUUCGAGAACGAGGAGUUCUUCAGGAAGCUAAGCCGCGAGUGUGAGAUUAAGUACACGGGUUUCAGGGACCGGCCCCACGAGGAGCGCCAGGCCCGCUUCCAGAACGCCUGCCGCGACGGCCGCUCGGAAAUCGCUUUUGUGGCCACAGGAACCAAUCUGUCUCUCCAGUUUUUUCCGGCCAGCUGGCAGGGAGAACAGCGACAAACACCUAGCCGGGAGUAUGUCGACUUAGAAAGAGAAGCAGGCAAGGUGUAUUUGAAGGCUCCCAUGAUUCUGAAUGGUGUCUGUGUUAUCUGGAAAGGCUGGAUUGAUCUACAGAGAUUGGACGGUAUGGGCUGCCUGGAGUUUGAUGAGGAGCGAGCCCAGCAGGAGGAUGCAUUAGCACAACAAGCCUUCGAAGAGGCUCGGAGAAGGACUCGAGAAUUUGAAGAUAGAGACAGGUCUCAUCGGGAGGAAAUGGAGGUGAGAGUUUCACAGCUGCUGGCAGUAACUGGCAAGAAGACAACAAGACCCUAGUCCUGGUUCCAAUUUAGGUGGUGGUGAUGACCUCAAACUUCGUUAAUUAAUAGCACAGCAUAUGUGCUGCCCAUCUUUACAUAUACAUUGCUUCAAGUUAGCAGAAACAAUUGAUUAAAAGACCAGAAACUGUGAUAACUGGAGGUACUACGAUCUAUUUUUCAACCUUAGGCAGUAACGGACAUCACAAACUGCCAUUGUUUUUGCACUAUGAUUAUAAUAUCUGCAUUUCUAAUUUUUUAAGCAUGUAGCCAGUAAUAAUUUGAAAUUUUUUCCUAUGCAAGCUUAUCUUGUUGGCAUUAUUUUUAGUGAGUUGAAACUAUCUACUUGUAAAGCCCUUCUUUCUCCAUUUUAAUUUAAAAAUUCAUGUCAUUUAAAAACAGGUCAAGAAAUUAAAAUUUAUAUCAGAGGGUUUUUUUCCCCUAAUCAAUUGCUCUUAAGUUUUUUGUACUUUCAGAUGUGUUGUUUAUAUACCCUUAUUUUAGAUAAGCAUUCUUGUUUUUUUUUUGUUUUGUUUCCCCAGUUUCCUUUUAUGUGUUUUUAGUCUACAUCAUUUAAAAAUUGUUGAUUGAUGUGUUUGCAUUAUUUACAAGCUAAAAACCUAGUAGCACAGAGCUGUCUGCCACAGCCUUCUGAUACAAAGUUUACAGUUGUUAAAGUUGCAGUAUCCUUUUUAAAUGCGAAUAAUCACCCUUUCUUUCAUUUUUAAACCCCAAUUUUGAAAUUAGUAUUAAUUCUGUAAUCUGUUCCAGAUCCGUUUUAGAUUCUGUUCUGUGAUCAUGAGUUUGGGUGGAGAUGUUGUCCACAAAUGAUAAUAUUCUACUGAAAGAAGUCACAGGCUGGCUUCUGUUUUAUUCAGGGAUUUUUUUUUUUAAAGUUAAUCAGAAAAGGGAUACUGGAGCGUCUUCAUAUAUUUAAAGCAUAUUAAACUGGAGACAGUGAUGAAUCAGCUACGAAGGUAACAUUGUAUUAAAAUAAUGUUUAAUAUAGCUGCUUUUAUGUGUAUUUUAUAUUGCAUGCUUUUGUUAAAACAAUGCUAGUUGAUGAAAGCUUAAUCUUAGAAAAUGUUCAUCUGUGCAGCGGAUAUGUUUUGUUCCAUUAAUAAUUCUGAAAAAUAAAUUCAGUUAAAUACAUAUGGUAUUCUCCAAAAGGACUAUUGAUAGAACCUUUUAAGAUGAAUUAGUGUAAGAACAGUUUUUAAAUAGAUUCACUUAAAUUGAGUGGAACUUUUUUUUUUUAAUACAAUACUGGACAAAAGUGCUAAGUCAUUUGGCAACUCCUUACAAAUAUUUUUCAUGGUCAUGUUCAUUAAAUGUUGCUACAUUUCUGAAUUUUUGCAAAAAUAUAUUUUAUCAGAAUGGCAUUAUUUUAAAGUUUGAAAAACUGACAUAAGGUCUGAAUAAGGUCAUUACAUUUAAAAAUACAUAAAUAUACUUGAUUGAUGAGGAAGGCAUGACUUUCAUAAUAUAUAGAUCUUAUAAUUCAUAAAUAGGUAUUCUAUAUCAAUAAAAAUACUGUUUUAUAUUUGAAGUCAUGCACGGUAAGGGGUGUGUUUAAAUUGUUAUAAACAAUAGUACAUCAUAAAAGAUCAUGCUGAUCUUCUGUAAUGAAGUACUAUAAUGAAUUUGGUUGGUAUUUGAUGUUGUACAGCUCACAUGUUUACACACUCGGUGCCCUAUUUUUCCCUGAGGAAAUUGCCUUUUAAGUGGUCCUUACCAUGGUGUUUUAAGGUUACCUUAUUAUGGAGUUCCUUGGUUUUUUACUUUUGUGCUUAAAUUUUUUUUUAAUGUUAUGAUGAUGGUACAGUUUUCUCAGCUGCUUCCAGCUAAGGACUUUAAGUCCACCAGUAAAUAAGAUCAAAGAUUAAAUGUUCAUGUUGCCAUGCGUCUGUAAAUACUGUUUUUUUCCUGUCAUUUUGCACUGUGCUGCUUCCGUCUGUCUUAAUGCUGGCAUUAAGAUCAUGAGCCCUUUUCCUCCAAUAGUGCAGGCUUUGAAAACUACUUUUAUUAAGUUAUUGAUGCAAUUUGAUAUUUUUUUCAUAAUUUCUAUUUAAACAAAAUUACAUCAUUGCAUCAUGUUUUCUAAAUUCAUCUCCAUCAAAACUUGCCUUAAGCUACCAGAUUGCUUUUGCCACCAUUAGCCAUACUGUAUGUUGUUGUAUGUUUAAUUUACUUUUACAAUAAACUUCUCUGUAGUGAAAACAAGCA